CAUGAGCACUGGCAGAAUGUAGCACAAUUUGAAAAGAAAUGCUUCAUCUUACCAAGAUGUCUAUGAAAUGGAUCUCAGCUCUGCUGCUGCUGCAGUUGGGUUGUUAUUUCAGUUUUGGAAGCUGUGGAAAGGUGCUGGUGUGGUCGAUGGAAUACAGCCACUGGAUGACUAUGAAGAACAUAUUAGAGGAACUUAUCCAGAGGGCACAUGAGGUGAUAGUCCUGAGACCUUCAAGUUUCAUUUUUGUUGAUGUGAAUUCAUCAUCUGGAAUUAAAUUUGAAACAUUUCCUACAUCUCUCAAUAACAGUGAAUUGGAAGAAUAUUUCAAUCAGUGGGUCACUAACUCGAUGAGUGUUGGAUCAAUAGAUACAUGUUUGGCAUAUUAUCCAGUGGUGGAAGACAUCAUGAGGGAAUAUUCUGUUAUUUGGGGGAAUAUUUGUAAAGAUGCAGUUUCAAACAAGAAGCUUAUGACAAAACUCCAAGAAUCAAGAUUUGAUGUCCUUCUUGCAGAUCCCGUUGCUCCCUGUGGUGAGCUGGUGGCUGAGCUUCUAAAAAUACCUUUUGUGUACAGUGUCCGCUUCACCCCUGGCUUCCAAGUGGAAAAACAUGGAGGAGGGUUAUUAGUUCCUCCUUCUUACGUACCUAUCAUUAUGUCGAGACUAAGUGGUCAAAUGAGUUUCAUAGAAAGGGUAAAAAACAUGAUAUGCAUGCUUUAUUUUGACUUUUGGUUUGAAUUCUAUGAUGAGAAACUUUGGAAUGAACUUUACAGUGAAGUUUUAGGAAGACCCACUACAAUAUACAAGACAAUGGGAAAAGCAGAAAUGUGGCUCGUUCGAAGCUACUGGGAUUUGGAAUUCCCUCGGCCCAGCUUACCCAAUUUUGAUUUUGUGGGAGGACUCCACUGCAAACCUGCCAAACCUUUGCCUAAGGAAGUGGAAGACUUUGUGCAGACCUCUGGGGAGCAUGGUAUCGUGGUGUUUUCUCUGGGGUCCAUGAUUAGUAGCAUGACAGAAGAAAGAGCCAAUAUGAUUGCUUCAGCCCUUGCACAGAUUCCACAAAAGGUUGGCAAAGUGUCUCAUUAGCAAACAUCCACAAAA